AUGCAGCCGUUCUCGUCGAGCACCACCACGGGCACGGAGACGCCGACGAGCCUUCCUCCGGAACGCGUGUCUUCGCCGACGCCAUGCAGGAACCUGACAUUCUCGAUAGCGAAAAUCAUGGAGCCGGACAAGCGGCUGUCGGAGCCGACGCAGCCGACGCCGCCGACGAUCCUGCACCAGCCGACGAACCUGUCGUCCCUGUCGUACUCGGCACACCUGGAGUCGGCCUUCAAGAAGUACGUGCCCACCCUGAGGCACCAGAGUCUGCUGCAGCACUACCCGCUGCUCUACUACCACCCGAGUCCGCUCUUGAGGGCGUUUCCACAGCCGGCCUCGACGGCGUCCUCGGGGGCGUCGCAAAAUUCGUCCCCGUCGACCCUGCAGGAACCCUCGAGGGCGAAUCCUCUGACGAGCGGUUCCUCGGAAGCCCAACGCGGGAAGAAAAGUCCUGCCCCCAGGGAGGUGAACCCUGCCAAGCAGAAGACCUUCACCUGCCCCGAGUGCGGCAAGGUGUUCAACGCUCAUUACAACCUGACGAGACACAUGCCCGUCCACACGGGGGCUCGGCCAUUCGUCUGCAAGAUCUGCGGCAAGGGGUUCCGCCAGGCCAGCACCCUCUGCAGGCACAAGAUCAUCCACACUGCGGAAAAGCCGCACAAGUGUCAGACCUGCGGGAAGGCGUUCAACCGCAGCUCCACCCUGAACACCCACACGAGGAUCCACGCCAACUACAAGCCGUUCGUCUGCGAGUUCUGCGGCAAGGGGUUCCACCAGAAGGGAAACUACAAGAACCACAAGCUGACCCAUAGCGGCGAAAAGGCAUACAAGUGCACCAUUUGCAACAAGGCGUUCCACCAGAUCUACAAUCUCACGUUUCAUAUGCACACGCACAACGAUAAGAAACCGUUCUCCUGCAAGAUAUGCGGAAAGGGGUUCUGCCGGAACUUCGAUCUGAAGAAGCACAUGAGGAAGCUGCACGACUCGGGAUCGCCGGUCAUGGGUGGGCUAGGUGGAGGCGCCCAAAACCAUGGCCAGCAGACCGGCUACUCGCCCGUUCAUCACGGUGGGCACUCCUUUGUCAGCCCCUUUCUUUUGCCUCCACCCGGGACCACCGGAUAUCUCGGCAAGAUGUUGUGACAGGAAAACGCACACUUCGCGAGGAAGACUCACUGUCCGCUGAUUCUGACUCCUGGGUGCUACCCACCGGACGUGGCGCAGCUUACUAGGUC